AUGGCGGACGAGGAGGCCGAGCAGGACAGCGGCAGCAGCCGCCGCCUGGGAGCCGAGAGCGGCCUUCUGGAUAUGCCGCGACUGAAGGAGCGGCUGCUGUCGCUGGAGGCGGCGCUCAGGGAGAGCGGCGAGGCGGCGGCGGCGGCCACUGAGUACUGUCACCAGCUCUGCCAGACACUUGUGGAAUAUGCAGAGAAGUCGAAGACGUCUGAAGAUCCCUUGCCCUUAUUGGAGGUGUACACAGAGGCCAUACGCAGUUAUGUUAAAGCACGACCUUACCUUACCUCAGAGUGUGAAAAUGUAGCUUUUGUGCUUGAACGCUUAGCCCUAAGCUGUGUUGAACUUUUGCUCUGCCUGCCUCUUGAACUGCCUGAAAAUCAGUGGAAAGAAUUUCAGUCCUUUAUACAGGUGGCACACGCAAAGUUAGUGGAGAAUGGCAGCUGUCAAUUACAUUAUUUAGCUCUUCUUGCCCAAGAGAAUGGGAUAUGGAACAAUCCAGUUCUUUGCAGGAUUCUUUCCCGAGAACCAGUGGAUCAAGAUAAAGUGAAUGAAUUUUUAGUCCAUGAAGGUCCUUUGCUGCUGGAUAUGCGCAUUAAGCAUCUGAUGAAAUCAAAGCUGUUAACUCAAGCAACUAUCCUAGCAAAACUAUGCUCUGAUCACCCAGAAAUUGGUAUCAAAGGCAAUUUUAAACAGACUUACCUAGUCUGUCUUUGUUCUGGAUCACCAAAUGAAAAACUAAUGCAAGAGAUAGCAGACAUAGAUUGCAAAGAUGCUUUAGAAAUGAUCUGUAAUCUAGAAUCUGAAGGAGAUGAAAAGAGUGCUCUGAUUUUAUGUGCAGCAUUUUUAUCUCGACAACUGCAACAAGGAGAGAUGUACUGUGCAUGGGAACUGACUCUCUUUUGGAGCAAACUACAGCAAAGGGUCGAGCCUUCGAUACAGAUCUAUCUGGAGAGAUGUCGUCAGUUGUCCGUGUUAACCAAGACCGUAUACCACAUUUUCUUCCUAAUUAAAGUAAUCAAUUCAGAGAUUGAAGCUGCUGGACUUGCAACCUGCAUUGAACUGUGUGUGAAAGCACUGCGUUUGGAAGCCAGUGAGAACACUGAAGUCAAGAUUUCCAUUUGCAAGACUAUAUCUUGCUUAUUGCCUGAUGAUUUGGAAGUUAAACGUGCUUGUCAACUGAGUGAAUUUCUUCUCGAGCCUACAGUGGAUGCAUACUAUGCUGUUGAAAUGUUGUAUAAUCAGCCUGAUCAGAAAUAUGAUGAAGAAAACCUUCCAAUACCGAAUUCAUUACGUUGUGAGCUCUUACUAGUAUUAAAAACGCAGUGGCCUUUUGACCCAGAAUUUUGGGACUGGAAAAUGCUAAAGCGCCAAUGUCUUGCAUUGAUGGGAGAGGAGGCAUCAAUUGUAUCUUCGAUAGAUGAGCUAAAUGACAAUGAAAUGCAUGAAAAGGCAGAAGAGUGCCAAGAUGAGAACAAAGAAACUUCAGUGAAUGGACUUCCUGGAUCCUUCGAUGAAGCUACCAACUUACUUAGAGGGAUUAGAGAUAAAAAGCAGAAAAACAGAGAAAUAAAAAAGUUGAGAGAGCGAGGAUUCAUAUCAGCUAGGUUCAGGAACUGGCAAGCCUACAUGCAAUAUUGUGUGUUGUGUGACAAGGAAUUCCUUGGACACAGGAUAGUUAGGCAUGCACAGAAACACUAUAAAGAUGGAAUUUACAGUUGUCCCAUAUGCGCACAAAACUUUAAUUCUAAAGAAACUUUUGUUCCUCAUGUAACCCUACAUGUUAAGAAAUCCAGUAAAGAGAGACUGGCUGCCAUGAAACCAUUAAGAAAACUAGGAAGGCCGCCUAAAACAGCAGCUGCGGGUGUGAAUAAGAAGAACAAUACAGUAGUUAAGCAGGAACAGCGGCACAUAAAAAAGAACAGCCUUUAUGCAGCAGACUUCAUUGUUUUUAAUGAUAAUGACGGCUCUGAUGAUGAAAACUAUGAAAAAGACAAACCUUACAUUCCAGAGAUAAUGCCAGUUCAGAAGCCAUUGCCUGUCAAUGAAUUUAUCUGUCCGGUUACUUUGUGUAAAAAAGGCUUUAAAUACUUUAAAAAUUUAAUUGCACAUGCAAAAGGUCAUAAAGACAAUGAAGAAGCUAAGCGCUUUCUUGAAAUGCAGAGCAAAAAAGUAAUUUGCCAGUACUGUAGACGGCACUUUGUAAAUGUUACCCACCUCAAUGACCACUUACAAAUGCACUGUGGCAGCAAACCUUACAUCUGUAUACAAAUGAAAUGUAAGGCUGGUUUUAACAGUUAUGCUGAACUACUGAGUCAUAGAAAAGAGCACCCAGUCUUCAGGGCAAAGUGCAUGUUCCCUAAAUGUGGGAGAGUGUUUGCUGAAGCAUAUUUGCUUUAUGAUCAUGAAGCACAACAUUAUAAUACCUACACCUGCAGGUUUGCAGGUUGUGGAAAAGUUUACCGUUCUCAGAAUGAAUUAGAAAAACACAUUGAAGACCACACUAAGCAAUCUGAAAAAAUAUUGCAGCCCGAUGGUGAGGCUAAUUGUGCUCAACCUUUAGAAGAUAAUGGAACUCCUGAGGCAUGUAAUCCAAAAGAAGAAUUGGUGUUGCCAUCAGAAAAUAACACAAAUAACUAUGUCAAAGCUGAAAAUUACAUCACAGAGCAGGUCAAAGAAGAAUUGCUCAAGAUUGAGAAAGCAGAAGUGUCUGCUAGUGUUUUGGAACAGAGUAAUUCACUCUCCUUUGAAAGUUUGGAACAAUCUUUGCUUACUCCAGCAAAGUCAGAAUUGGUAGUUCCGGCCAGCAAUGCUUUGAUGCCUCUUCUGGGUCAAAAAAUUAGAGAAAACAUGGCGAGAAAGGGCAAAUUGCUUGCUUUAAGUACUAAAAUAAAUACUGCGGCACCUGUACCCCAACAAUUGUGCUCAGCAGUUGAAGAGAACUGCAGUGAUCUUCCAGUUUUUCAGGAAGAAAAAGAGGAUGACGCUAUUAGCCAGUCCCAGGCUAUUUCCAUGAAUUCAGCUUCAAGUUUAACAAAAAACCCAGAAAAACAGUUAAGCCAAGUGCCUUUCAGCAUACAGAGUGAAGUCGGGUAUCAACAUUUACUGAUUUCAAAACCACACAUUGAAGAGAGCGCUAAGACUACUACUAAUCUCUAUAAUACGCCUCUGAAGACUUUAGAAGGGAUUACAGUUACACCAACCCAGCCUAGCUUAGGCACCCCUUUUGUUCCAGUCAUCCCAUUGGCAGCUCCUGUCCAGAAGUUUACUUGCCAGGUUGAAGGAUGUACACGAACCUACAAUUCUGUACAGAGCAUUGGCAAACAUAUGAAGACAGCGCAUCCUGAUCAGUAUGCCUUAUUUAAGAUGCAGCGCAAGAAUAAGAGAAAUCGAAAAACAGGCAGUUUGCAAAGCUUGCCAAAUGAUAGCAAAAUCGUUUAUUUUUUGCCAUCACAAGUGGCCUCUCCCACUAGUGAGGUUUUUCCUCAACAAGCCAAAACCAGUUUAAAUCCCUCAUGUACAAGCCAGUUGCAGCAGCUCUCUAAUGCUCUUUUUCCAACACGCCUGGAAAGUAUGACUGAUUCAUUAUUGCCUACUAUGGAAAGUAUAAACACAGGUCUUUCUCCUCAUAUUAAAAGUGAACCAGAGACUACAUUAGUCUCCCAAAUUGAACAUCUGUCUAGUGCAACUUUAUCUUCACACCUAGAUGAUCUGGAAAAGCCAGUUAUGCCUUUGAACAUUGACAGUGGUUCAGAUCCUUUCCUCCCUUUGCCUGCAGAAAAUGGUCCAAUUUCUCUCUUUCCUUCGCCAACAGACAAUGGUCCAAGUUCUGUCUUUUCACAAAUGGAGAACACCAAUCAUUUUUCUUCCCAACUAGAAGGAAACAAUCAUUCUGCUUUCUCAAAAGAGGAAAGUGUCGACUCAUUGUUUCCCUCUCAAGUGAAUAAUGAUAACUUCAGUGAAGUCCCUCCACAGUCUCUGCUGUCAGCAAAGGCAAAAAAGGAUCGUAAAAGAGGUCCAGAUGGGAAAGAGAGAAAACCAAAGCAUAAUAAACGGGCAAAAUGGCCAGCAAUUAUCCGGGAUGGUAAAUUUAUUUGUAGUAGAUGUUAUAGGGUUUUUUCCAAUCCCAGAUCUCUUGGUGGUCACUUGUCUAAACGGUCAUACUGUAAACCUCUGGAUGAAUCUGAGAUUUCUCCAGAAGCCCUUCAGCUGAAUGGACAAUCCUCUCUACUUACCAGUAUGAUUCUUUCUUCAAAUGCUUUAAGUUUACAGCAGCAGCAGGAAUCAACAUUUAAUCCAGAAGCAUGUUUUAAAGAGCCGCCAUUCCUGCAGCUGCUUGCAACUGAGAAUCGCCCCGCUGCUUUUUUACAAAACUUGUUUCCACGGACCAGUAUGACUAAUUUCAAUACAAAUGAGAAUGAGGAAGGAAAUGAAAUUAUAAAACAGGCCUUGGAAACUGCAGGCAUUCCAAGUACGUUUGAUUCUACGGAAAUUCUGCCACACAUAGUUACUCCAAGUUGCGUCUCUGGUACUAGUCAAAUAAAUGCAACUGUUUUGCCCAAUCCAGGAAUGUCACCUCUGUUACAAGCUGUGUGCAGCCCUGCUACCCUGUUUACAGACCAAAACAAAAUACUUAACACCAAAAUUUCCUCCAUAGAUGAAUGCAACAAUUUACCUGUAUUUCCAGAUGAGUUAAUACUAAAGACUAUUGAAAACGGCUUAUGUCCCAACUUGAUUUCUAAUUCUCCUGCCUCAUUGCAUAACUUUGGAAGUAACGCACCACGUGUUUCAGUCAUUAGUAGCAUUAAAAAUUCAGAAUCAUGUAAUUUAAAUAAAAAAGGGGUCGGCGGUUCAAAGAAAAAGAAGAAAGCAGCUGCUUCUUUAGUUGCGCCUAACAUUUCCCAGAAAUUAAUAGUUAAUGAUUUAACAACAUUGGGACUUCUAGCUAGAAAUAUUGAAGGAAGUGUGCAAGUAUCCACGGAGAACUUUCAGUCAAAUGUGUUGACACACUGUGAAUCUCCAGUAUUAAUGGAAAGUCUUACACAGAAGCUAAGUAAUGUAGUCAAUGAAUUAACAGCAGAUGUCAAAGAGAAUAUAAAAACCAAUGAAAUUUGUGCAGAAAUUACUCCUGCAUUAGUGAAAAGUGAAAAUGGUGACUCCGAGGUCAGGCUGGGUUCUUGCAUUCAAGGAAACACUAAAUUAGGUAUCUCAGAGGUUAAUAUUAUUCAAAAUUAUGAGAAGACACUUGAAAUAAUUAAAACAGCUAUGAACUCCCAAUUGGUUGAAGUAAAAACUGAAAUCCAAGAGGUGUCAAUUGAGUCACUGCAGAAAGCACAGAUGAAUGCUGCUGAAUCUUCAGAAAACUCUUCACAAAAUGUUAAAUCAUCCAGCCCUGUUCAAUUUGUCAUACACACACCAAAUGUCACCCCUGGCAAAAUUGACCCUUUUCAGUCUGAAAGCUCUCACAAAGAUGAUACCCAGGUUAUGGAAAUUUUAGAAGGUUUGAAAAAGCUGAAAUUAGAAAGCGAAAUACCCAAUCAAGUGUUGGACACUGUUAUUCAUUGUCUCCCAGGAGAUGCGCUGCUGCCACAGAUUCUCGUUCCUGUUAUAACACCUGAGAACAAACCUCUUGCACAGCCAUUUUCUACAGCACAUACUCAGUUCAUUGAAAAAGUCCAUAAGCCUUUUAUGUGCCAGGCGCCAGGAUGCAAUUACAGUGCUAUGACAAAGGAUGCAUUAUUUAAACACUACAGCAAAAUACAUCAAUAUACUCCUGAAAUGAUACUAGAAAUCAAGAAACACCAAUUAAAAUACGCCCCCUUCAAAUGUGUUGUAGCUUCCUGCCCAAAAACGUUUACAAGGAAUUCUAAUCUCCGGGCCCACUGCCAGCUGGUGCAUCACUUUACAACAGAAGAAAUGGUAAAAUUGAAAUUAAAAAGGCCAUAUGGGAGGAGAUCACAGAACAAAACUGCAAGCUUAACUCCAAGGUCUGCUGAACUAAAAACAAUCCCGUGUGUAUUAAUAGAAAGUAAAAACGAAUCUCAGUUGACUAAAGAACAUGAAAUUAAGAAAGAAACAUGCAUAGAAUGUGUGAAAAUUCCAGAAAGAGUGAGGGCAGAAAGUACUCCUUGUGUUCCUGAAAAAUUAGAAAAGCCUCCCCAGGUAGUUCCAGUUCCACUUGAACUUCACAGUGUAGUCCCACUUAGUAAUGUGCAGGUGCAACCAAAAGUCCGAAAGAUCCGAAGACACAGGAAAGAAAAAGAAGAAAAAAAAUACAAAAAACCAGUUCGGAAAUCUCUGGAAUUCCCUACCACAUAUAGUCCCUAUAGACCAUACAGAUGUGUGCAUCAAGGUUGUUUUGCAGCUUUUACAAUACAACAAAAUUUAAUUCUUCAUUAUCAAGCGGUGCAUAAAUCUGAUCUGCCAUCAUUCUCGGUAGAGGCUGAAGAAGAAAGUGAGCCAAGUAAAGAGGAUGACAGUACUAAAGAAGAGUGUGAAGAAACUGUAACUAGUUUAGCUGUAAAAGAAUUUCGAUGUGAAGUGAGAAAUUGCUCUAGAAUAUUUCAGGAAGUUACUAGUCUUAUUCAGCACUACAUGAAGCUCCAUGAAAUGACCCCAGAGGAAAUUGCAAGCAUGAAGUCAUCCCUGGAUGUUGGAAGAUUCCCUUGUGAUCAGUCUGAGUGUAAAUCAUCAUUUACAGCAUAUAUUAAUUACAUUAUUCAUCUUGAGACAGAUCAUGGAAUAAAGAUCAAGCAAACCAAAACAGAGGAUGGCAUGUACAAGUGUGAUUGUGAAGGCUGUGACCGUAUUUAUGCAACAAGAUCUAAUCUCUUAAGGCACAUUUUUAAUAAGCAUAAUGACAGGCAUAAAGACCAUUUAAUAAGACCAAGACGGUUCCUGACACCAGGUCAGGAAAAUAUUUCAAGCAAAGCUAACUUGGAAAAAACUUUGAAAAUUAAGCAUAGAGGAUUAAAAUUCAAUAAGGCAGGAAAAAAUGGAAACAAAAUUUCUAUUAGGACCAAACGGAAACGAACUAUUACUGUAGAAAAUAAAAACUCAAAGGUGGGACAGAUUCAUGAAAAUAGGGGUUUUUCUUUGAAACGUGGAAAACAUGUGUAUUCAUUAAAGGCUAGAAAUGAUGCCUUAUCUGAAUGUACAAGCAUAUUUAUCACACAGUAUCCAUGUAUGAUAAAAGGUUGUUCAUCAGUUGUCACAAGUGAGAGUAAUAUAAUAAGACAUUAUAAAUGUCACAAGUUGUCUAAAGCAUUUACCUCACAACACAAAAGUCUCCUAAUUGUCUCAAAUCAGCACUCGUGUUCAUCAGAUAAAGAAGCAUCUUCACAAAAUAAGGUUAUUGAGGAAAAAAAGAGUGAAAUAGAAGAAUUGCAGCCACAUGUGUCAGAGAACUGUGAGGACGUAAGAGCUCCCACUCCAGUAACACAGAAGGAGCCUGAAAAAAAUGAAAAGGAUGAAGUAGACGAGCUUGCGGAAUUGUUCAUUACC